AUGGUGACACAGGCACCAUCAAAUGCUCAACAAGCCCCUCAAAUGGUGACACAAGCACCACCAGAUGCUCAACAAGCCCCUCAAGCAGAGACACAAGCACCAUCAGAUAAUGUUCAACAAGUCCCUCAAACAGAGACACAAGCACCAUCAAAUGCUCAAGAAGAUGAGCAAGUCAAUUAUGAUGUUUAUAAUUCCUACAUAUACCCAUACACGAAGCAGGACGAUUACGGACCCCAUUUAUAUAAAUAUGAAGUUACCCAAUGGAUGAGUGUUAAAGGGAACAAUAGAUUGAAAAGUAAAAAGAAAUCAAAAACAGAUACUCAAGCUAAACAACUAAGUGCCAAUGAGCCAGAGAAUGAAUCUCAAGAAGCCCCUCAGGCUGAAGAAGCACCUCAACAACAACGACAACAACACGCCCCUCAGACUGAAGAAGCACCUCAACAACAACAACAACAACAACAACAACAAGCCCCUCAGACUGAAGAAGCACCUCAACAACAAGAAGCCCCUCAGACUGAAGAGGCAACUCAACAACAAGCCCCUCCUCAAACGGUGACACAAGCACCGUCAGAACCUCAACCGGAGAGAAUCAAUUAUGAGCAUUACAUUCAAUUCAUUGCUCCGUACAGAAUGGAGGACGAUUUGGAAAUGGGAGCCAUUGAAUUUCAACGUCAAGUUACUAAAUGGAUGAGAAUACCACCUUAUAGUUAG